UACAAUGAUCAUAAAUGGAGUGAAUAUCUGUUGAAGGGAGUCAAACUGGAGCUACAAAGUAGAACCAACUCAAAAAAUUCACAAGAGUCAAGCAUGAAAAGGAAGAAUACUAUUCUAGUUCAGAGAGACUUUGUAGCCUUUGAGAUUGAUUCAGUUCCUGAGAGGCGUCCAUAUCUUCUAUCAAGAGAUUUUGUCUUCCUAAAACCGUUGAAUGAGUUUGCUGGACCUUUCAAGGGGAGACUUUUUCGGUUGGUGAAAAGCACAACUGUUCUAGUUGAAUUUGGAGAAGAUUUCCAUUCACAGCAUUCUCCAUCCAAAAGAUACGAUGUGAACUUCUCUUUCAACAGGGUCUGCCUGAAGCGAGCCCACCAUGCCAUAUCAAUUGCAAGUGAUCCUUCAUUUCGUAGUGUCCUCUUCCCUGAUCAAAUCGUCUCUUCUCACCCCAACACUUUCCACCUCCAUGAAAACGUGCUUCCAUUUCAUGAUCAUGCAAAAAGGAUUUUGAAUCAUAAAGGCCCCAUACCUUAUCUCGUGAAUGGGCAGCUGGUCAAAGAGGGGAGGCCUCCUGAUGAAAAGCUUUCGUUCACCGGGCUGAUUAUUCAAGUAGCACUGCUUAGUAUUUACAGAACUAAUCCUGGCUGCAGAAUCCUCGUAUGUUCUCCGACCAACAAGACAUCUGAUCUGCUGUUGAGAAGCUUGGGGAAACAAAUACCGUUAACUAGUCUUUUCCGAGCUAAUGCUGCCUACCGAGAUUACGAUCUUGUGCCUGAUGACAUAAUUCCUGCAUCCCUGUAUGAGGAAGAUGAAGAGUGCUUCCCGUCGGCCUCAACCUCCUCCCCUUUGCCUCCAAAAUUCAAAUUCCCAUUUAAUACUUUUCAUUUAUUAAACAUCUUAAACUAG